AUAAUUAUUUGUUUUUUAUUAAAUUAAUAUCUUUUUAGACAUCUCCAUUUGGAACUUUGCCGGACAGCUCGCGAUAUAAAUGGUUUCUUCGGAGUACAAAUGACUUUGCAAAUAAUAUCCUAUUUCAUUCUCUUAAACGAAGGGUCUUACUUCGAAUAUCACACGAUAUUACAUCUGAAAGAAAUAAUAAACAAUGAUGUGAUAUUAAAAACAUUUCUUUCUAGUAUGAUGUGGUUUUUCAUAUUUUUAACAAAACUUAUAUCACUGAAUCACAUUUGCGAAAGCGUUAGCGCUAAGGCGCACAAGACCAAGAGCAUUAUCCACAAAUUAACAAAUCUCAUUUGCUUUGCGGAAGCUCGCGAAGAGAUUUAUCAGUUUGUUUUGCAAGUAUCAUUACGACCAUUGAAGUUUAGUGGUUUGGGACUAUUUUAUUUCGGCUACGCCUUUAUUCGUAAGUUUUUCGUCUGGACUCUCACCAUCGUUAUUUUUAUGGCGCAAAUGGAUUUUGUUCCUGUAUGGAACACAAUUGACAGAAAAAUAUAG